AUGAAUUCUAAAGAUGAAAUUGAAAUGAGAGAGUUGAAUCCACCGAUUCUCUUUGUCUCGAUGCCCUCUCCGUCGGUUUCUCCGAGCUCUAGCUCCUCCUCCUCCAGCGAACUCCGCGGAAUCCGACUCUUCAGAGCCGCCUCCAGGAGGGUAGCGAGGAAGAAGCCGAAGUUCGAGGACGACUUUACCGACUACGGACCCUCCACUACCAGCUCCUCCGACGGCCAGAGUGACUCCGGAUCCGGAAAGACGUCUCCUGAUAAUGAUUCACGCUCUAAGAACACCGACUCCACUCUCCGGAAAGUCUUCAAAGCCUUGAAACUCUCGAGUCAAAAAUCUCCAGACCGCCGAAGCAGCGACGCCAAAAGUGAUAGCUCCUCUUCUUCGUCGUCCUCAAUCUCAAAGAAAAAGUCCACCAACGGCAACACCAAGAAGAUUCUCCGGCAACCCACCACCUACACUUACGUCAAGGGAACGUCUGGCCUUCCGAUCCCCAGACCUCGUUCCGCCAACAGUUCUCCUCCAGCCUGCGGUCAGUGUUAUGUCACUGGAUACUAA